GGAGAGAUAAGGUGGAAGGAGAUGGAACAAAAACUAGUAGGAAGGUUCGCAUUUUUGACCCCUCGCUACAGGCGGACCAAAGGCCCCAAGACGCGUGCUGUAUUUCUCGCUCCCCGCAUCGAAACAAAAAUCCAACGAACUCCUCGCAACCGCAUCAACAACGAGGUCGGUCGUUCUCGUUCCUCUCCUUUCAUCUCCUCCUCCACCGCUGCGUCGUCGACGAACUGUUAGAUGUGCGGCGGUCAUCUAGGGUUAAGUUUUGUCCUGCUUCCUCAUAUGCUUCCACUAUAAACCCUGCUUUCUCUCUGAUCCAGCCUCGUUUCUUCUCUACCAUGUUGUUCCUCCCCAUCUUGCCCCUUGGAGAUGCCUUGGUGGAAAUCCUCUUCCUCUUCCUCUUCAUCUUCUGCGUUGUCCCAGGCUCGGAAACAAUCUCCGUCUUCCUCGGCAGGCGCCUCGCCAUCUAAGAACACACGUAGGGAAUCAUCAGCUUUCCUGUGGAGCAAGCGCGGUGAGUCUCCACAGCCGCGGCUCGAGCGGCAGCGGAAGGUGCGUUCCGUUGCCGAACUAGGUAUCGCGGCCGUAGACACCGUGAGCUCCACGCCGGUGUCGAGAUCGCCAAGCAAUCUUGAUUUGGUUCCUCUGCGGUCAUCGUCCUCGCCCGUGCUGCUCCCUCACCCGCUGCCAUUGCCCGAGUAUUCGCAUAAUAAUGGGGUCUGUGCCGCAGGAAGCGCGUGUGCGGGUUGCCGCUUGCCGUCACCGAAGGGUGCGGCGGCAGGUGGGGGAGUGGAGGCGGAGGGGAGUGGUAGCGCUGUGGACUGCUGUGUUCCUAUAGCGACGGAGGUGAAUGGGGAGAGGGCUUCUGCUGCAGCCGGAAGUAGACCAGCUUGUCCUAACACUCAGAAGAGUCCGGAGCACAUUGAUCCACCUAUGAAGGGAUGGAAUUUUACUAGUCAUAGGAAGGCAAUUCAUGAUCCAAACUCUGUUGAAAGUCUAACCUUUAGGUUAAACAUACCUGCUAAAAGUGCUCCACCGAGUGGCUUCUCAAGUCCUGUGCUUAGUCCUCGGAGAUUGAGUAAUGUGGAUGUUUGCCCUUCCACAUUCAAUGUUUCACAAGGGCUGCAGCUUUGUUUUGCUACUGAGGCCCCUUAUGUGGAUAUGAUGGCAGGCUUAUCUCCCCAAGCAUCACCUGAUAGAUCACCAAUAUAUAGUCCAGUUAUCAAAAGUUCUAUCCCAAAGUCAAAAAAUCCAAGCGCACCUCAAUCUCCUCUUCAUCCUAAGAUGUAUUCAGAUAGUUCUGGUGCAUGGCAUGAGAAUAAUGUGAAUGUCCACCCUUUGCCUCUCCCUCCCGGACCUUCCAUUCUGGUGCAGCCUAGCUUUUCUCAUCAAAACGCAUCAAAAAAUGAUGGGGCUUCAAUGACAAGUCAAUGGCAGAAGCAAAAACUCAUUGGCAGUGGUACAUUUGGGAAUGUUUACAAGGCUACCAAUAGGCAUACAGGUGCUCUAUGUGCUAUGAAAGAAGUAAAUAUAAUCCCUGAUGACCCUAAAUCUGCAGAGUGUUUGAAGCAACUGGAACAGGAAAUCAGAGUUCUUAGUAAAUUGAAGCAUCCAAACAUUGUGCAGUACUACGGAAGUGAAUUGACUCAGGAUCAAUUUUUUAUAUACCUAGAGUAUGUAUAUCCUGGUUCAAUUAACAAGUAUGUUCAAGAGCAUUGUGGAGCUAUGACAGAAUCUGUGGUUCGCAAUUUCACACGCCAUAUUCUCAAGGGGCUGGCUUACUUGCAUAGUACAGAUAACAUCCACAGGGACAUUAAAGGAGCGAAUUUACUUGUUGAUGUCAAUGGUGUGGUAAAGCUUGCAGACUUCGGGAUGGCAAAACAUUUAAGUGGAGCUGCGCCUGCACUUUCCUUAAAGGGGACACCAUACUGGAUGGCUCCAGAGGUUGUACAAGCUACAAUGGCCAAGGAUGUUGGUUAUGAUUUUGCUGUUGAUAUUUGGAGCCUUGGUUGUACAAUUAUUGAAAUGUUUACUGGCAAACAUCCUUGGAGUGGACUUGAGGGGGCUGCUGCAAUGUUUAAGGUAUUGCAUAAAGAUCCACCAAUACCUGAGACUUUGUCAUCAGAGGGUAAAGAUUUUCUGCAGCGUUGUUUCCGAAGGAACCCAGCAGAAAGGCCAACAGCAAAUAUGCUACUUGAUCAUCCCUUUAUUCGGAACUCAAAUCAUUACAAUCUCCAUGGUUCCAUUCAUGCUUUUGCAGGAAUCAAACUUAAUGAGAUAACGUACAGCCCACGAGAUAAACCUCGGGCAAAAAGCGAACCUUCGAUGAAGGGAAGACACUCUACUAAUGGUGAAACCAAUCACUCCCAUGCAGAAACUUCUGAACCCACAGCUUCCAGACUCCCACCACGUUCAGCGCCUGACGUUGCCCACAGUUUAUUUCCACAUUCGAAUCAUUCUUUGCCAGGCCCUUCAGGUUCUUCAAUGAAUGCCACAAAUGGCUUUUUCGCAGGACCGUCAACAAAUAUCUUAAAUGGCUUUCACUCUGCUGUGGGGAACCAUCAUUCUUCUGGCUCUGUAACAAAUGGCACUUAUUCUUCUGCAGGGAACUAUCACCAGCUCUCCUCUCCAAAUAACGUUAAUGGUGGCAUUCAUUCAAGUACAACUACCCAUCAACCCUAUGCUCUACCAAAGCCCCAUUUAAAAGAUUUCAAAGAAGUUGGUACUUUUAAGGAGCAGAAGCCUUCAGAUUUUUAGCUGAGGUUAGGGCUUCGUUUGGGACUGUUUUCUUCCUGCUUCUUAAAGCGGCUUUCUAGUACAAAAUUUUAAAUUUUUUAACUAAAAAGCCGCUUUAAGAAGCAAUAAGAAAGCCGUCCCAAACGAAGCCUAGGUUCAGUUUUGCGCUAGUUUCUCCUCUUUACUAUUUUUUUUCUCGUUCAACUUUUGAGGCAGGUGCUAGUUUCUAUGACCACAUGAAUAUAGAGGACUUGUACAUUUUCACCCAUGGUGCAUCAUAGGAAUCAGUUUUUACAUAUGAUUAGACCAUCUUGACCAGAAUUUUUCAAAUAUAAAAUAUUUUGUAAGUUGUAUUACAGUGUAAAUAUUAUUAUGCAUUUUGGCUUAUUUCAUUAUCUUCUUUAGUUGUGUGUGAUCUUUCUAUUUA